CUAGCAAUACCAGAGGGCACUACAUUCCCCAAGAAAGUCCACCAAAGGCCAUUGACACCAGCACAACAAGAGUAUCUCUUCCCAGUACUGGAUGAGAUAUGGAAAGCAGGAAUCACAUGGUUCAUCCCAUCUGAUAAAGUAAAAGCGGUCACAUCAACAGUCUUAAUACAGAAAAUGCAC